AUGGCGGAAAAAGAUGAAGAACUCAAAGCAUGCAGCUGGACUCUGCCUAAAGUCAUGGCACUGGGAGUCAGCACCUUCCUGCUGCUGGCUGGAAUCGGAGCUGGGAUUUGGGCAAUAGUAGUGUCUGUGCUUGGGAGUGAAAAGGAAAGCUUAUAUGCGGUUCAGGUGAAUACCGAGGACCUGCGCCUGACCAUGUAUGAUGAGACUGAAGGGAAGUGGAGACUCCUUUGUUCUUCUUCAUCUGAUGCCCAGGUGGCAGCUCUUAGUUGUGAGGAGAUGGGAUUUGUCAGAUCUCUCUCCCAUUCAGUCCUGGAUGCAGACGCUGUAGGUGCCAACGGAACAUCAGGCUACUUUUGCGUGGAUGACUCUCGCCUGCCUUUUGUGAGAAAGCUUAGAGAGGCCAUUGGGGUGUGUGAUUGUCUGACAGGCCGGUUCCUGGCAACUCUCUGUCAAGACUGUGGACGCAGGAAGUUAUCCGCAGACCGGAUUGUAGGUGGCCAAGAUGCCAGUUUGGGUAAAUGGCCCUGGCAAGUCAGCCUACGCUACGAUGGGACACAUCUUUGUGGCGGCUCCAUCAUCUCAAAGGAAUGGGUAGUUACAGCAGCUCAUUGCUUUCCAGAGAGGAAUCGCGUGGUGAGUCGCUGGCAAGUGUUCAUGGGUGCCAUAUCUCAGCAAUCCACUAGGGGGCUGCAGAUGGAUGUGGCCGGCAUUGCGUACCAUGGUGGGUACAGACCCUUUGUGGACCCCAAUAGUGAGGAGAACAGCAAUGACGUUGCCUUGUUGCGCUUGGCCACACCACUCUCCUUCAAUGAAUUUAUUCAGCCCAUCUGCCUCCCAGCAUUGGGGCAAACUUUGGUGGAUGGCAAGAUCUGUACUGUGACGGGAUGGGGCAACACACAAUACUAUGGCCAACAGUCUGAUGUCCUUCAAGAGGCCAGUGUCCCCAUCAUCAGCACCAGUGUCUGCAAUGGCCCCGAUUACUAUGGCAGUCAGAUAAGGCCCAGGAUGUUCUGUGCUGGUUUUGCAGCUGGAGGCACAGAUGCUUGCCAGGGUGACAGCGGUGGCCCUUUUAUGUGUGAAGACAGUAUUUCACAAGUGUCACGUUGGCGGCUGUGUGGCAUUGUGAGUUGGGGCACAGGCUGUGCCCUGGCCAAUAAGCCUGGUGUCUACACCAAGGUUAACGAUUUCCACGGGUGGAUCCACCGCAUGAUGAAGCAUGUGGAUACUGUCCCUAGCCUAACCCAGACCACAAUUUUCAGAUUACAGUACGUUAUCAUAUUGCUACAUUGCAGCAGGGUUAACUCCUACCCUAACCUAUGA